UUUUGGAUGGAAGACCCUUGUUGAUGAAGAGAAUAAUUUAGCGUUUUUAUCCAAACCUGCAUCACCGGAUUUACAUGGUGAUAUUGUCCAUUUGAGGGUGAAUGUGGGAAAUUUAUUGGGUCCAAUGAGAUCCUUGGUUUUAGAUGAAGAUAAUGCAAAAGAUGAGAGAAAAAUGUAUUAUCAGAAUAUGUUUCGGAAUCAUCGCAAUUUGGGUACUGCAAUGGCUUUGGGUAAAUUUUGGCAUACGGAUACCAAUAGUAUGAUCUACGCGUUUAGCUUCACAAGUAAAGACGUCGACGGAGGGGUGAUGUUUCUGACAUACGACCAUGAAAAUUUAAUACUUAUCAUGAAAAAUUCUAAAUCGCCGGUGCAAUUGGAGUACUCGGACGAUUACGGUUUCAUACCGAAAAACACAAUGUACGGUGCUGCGCUUUGUGGUGCCAGACUAAAUAAUGACAGUUUUGCAGAUCUGGUAGUAGGUGCGCCGGCGCAACCUGGCCUUUCUGCAACAGACAUAGAGCUUGGUGCAGUACAUAUGUAUUUAUAUGGGAGCAUAUAAAAAAGAAGACUUUAUAAAACGAAAAUUAACAAUAAUGAGCGUUAAUGAGGAAUCAAGAUUCGGCACGAGUAUUAUUGCGAAUGAUUUGGACGGCGAUGGCCUACAAGAAAUAUUUGUAAGUGCCCCUUAUCAAGGCGAUGGAGUUUUAUAUGUAAUAUCUGGAUAUGAAAUUAACAUGAAGAUAAAUGAUCAAGCGUCGACUGUGGACGUAUCUGAUUUUGAGGACAUACAGAUUAUAAAGCGAGAUGACUUUAAACUGUUCGCUUUUAGUGUGGCUGCAGUGGGGGACUUGGAUAAUAAUGGAUGUGAUGAAUUGGCAGUAGGCGCUCCUGGAAGUGAUAAAGUUAUUAUACUUCGAUGUAUUCCUACCGUCACUAUAAAAGCCACAGCUGAACUUGUUGGUCAUAAGAUAGUCCCGGAAUCAGUGAAUGAAUUCAAGAUAAAUGUUUGUAUCAAAAUGGAAUAUAAGUCGGAAGUGAAGGAAAUUGCUGCAAAAAUACUUUUGGAAAAUACAAUAACCGGUGCUGGAGCAACGCGAGCGAAUAUAAAAUAUGAUCCAAAGUUAAAGUUAAUAGACAUAAGUAACAAACAGAAGAGUUAUUGUUAUCAUGUAAAUGUUACAGUCGUUGGAAACGAGCCGGGUCUUUACAAAUUCAAGUCCGAAGCCAAAUUAAUCACUGAAGGAUUACAAAAAGAUGUUUUCAACGUAUCUUGGGUAAGGGCUGGCCCGUAUAGUAAUUUAGUUAACACUAAACUUAUUGAGCGCGGUUGUUCGGGCGAUGAUUGCAUAUACCAUUGGAAAGUGGAAUUCCUCUGGUCCGAUGGUGAAAUCAAAGAUGGAUACAAAUAUAAUAUCGGUUCGAAUGUUGACGAGACUUUGACAAUCCUUAUAAAGAAUGAAGGGAGAGUUGCAUACACCGCCUGCGCAGUUAUUAAUGUACUGGGCGCGCCAGUCGACCAAUUAGAUUGUCCUAAUAUUGCAGAGGCAUAUGUUUGUCGAUUACCAGCUGGAUUUAUGAAGAAUUCUACGCGUGAUAUUCAAAUAAAACUAAAAACAAGUAGAUUGAAAAAUGAUUUCACUGGUUUGAAUGUAACCGUGAGUUUGUUUAACGAUUGCGAUGAAAAGAAGACUGUGCUUUCGAAACAGUUUCUACUGGACUACCGAUUCAUUACCGAUACAGUUUCAGUUACAGGCGCCUCAUUAACUCGUGGCAUUACAGAGAAAACAAUGAAAAGCAAUACAGAAUCAAUUGAUAUAAUUAAUGAAUAUAAGAUAUCGAACAAAGGAACUAUUUUGUGGAAAAAUAUUCAAAUUACAAUUUCAAUAAAGGAAUCCAGUUUAAUAAAAGAGAUAGUGGUUACAUCUGAAAAACUGAAAUGUAAAACAAACGACCUAAUGUCUAAGAUAUGCAGUUUGGAUUUGCUACCCUCGUCGACUGUUCAGAUAAUCAUAACUGCCGUGGUUUUAAAGAGAGAUAUAGAGGUGCUACUAAUGACAAAUAUAUUAAAAAUAACGAGUGAAUUGUCAUUGACUCUAUUUCCCACAUCGAUCACAAAAACUGCGAGCGCUACGUCUGAACCGGUUUUCGAAAAAGAUUCUUCUAUUGGUCAAAAUAAGACUGUUAUUAUAUUGAUAGCUGUAUUGAUUGCUAUAAUACUAUUAGUUGCAUUCAUUUAUGUACUGUUCAGAUUUGGAUUCUUCAGAAGAAAGCAGAAAGAAGAACUACAGGCAGAAAUAAGAAGAAGGAGUUUUAAGAGAUCAACUGCAUCAUCACAUCAAGAUGUCUCUCUCAUAGAAGUUGAUGAUGAUGAGACAAACGACGAUGCCUUCCUUUGUGGAACAUCGUCUAAUUAUACACGUGCUUCCCAACGGUCCAAGACAAUGGAUGGAUCAGACAACGCUGCAGCUAACAAGUCUGAUGUAUUAGAAUAAAUGUUACGACG